AUGACGCAGGUUAACAUUACUCCGGCAUGGGCAGCUGAACGGCCUCCAGGCAAGAUGACCACAGAACAACUCGACAACGACUCCUUCGAAGCCACCUAUGCGGUGAAGAUGCACUGCAACGACUGCACGGACCAGAUCAAGCAGUGCUUGCUCGGUGUCCCCGGCAUAGAGAAGCUGAACUUCGAUCUGCAGAAGCAGAUCAUGAGCGUGCAGGGCAGCGUAGCGCCCUCCAGCGUCGUAGCGGCGCUGGCCCAAUGCGGCCGUGACGCCAUCAUAAGAGGCACGGGACAGCCGAACUCGUCGGCGGUCUCGGUGCUCGAGACGCAGAGUUUCGCCAAGGGCGAGAGCCCGGUGCGCGGCCUGGUGCGCAUGGUCCAGGUCGCGGACAACAACACUUUCUUCGACAUCACCAUCAACGGCGUAGCCAGCGCCGGCAACUACUACGCCAGCGUUCGCGAGUAUGGCGACGUCUCGCAGGGCUCGCGCAGCACGGGCCCCGUCUGGCACCAGUUCGACACGCCGAUCGACUGCCGCCGGCCGAGCGACCUGGACGGCACGCUGUUCAGCGGCAGCGCGUUCCUCAGGGCGCCCGUGAACGUGUGGGAGAUGAUCGGCAGAAGCUUCGUGCUCUCCACACAACCGUCCGCGGGCGCCAGCUCCGACCUCUGCGGCGUCAUCGCGCGCAGCGCGGGCAUCUGGGAGAACGACAAGCAGGUCUGCGCGUGCAGCGGCAAGACCGUCUGGGAGGAGAGAAAAGACGCGCUACAAUCCAACAUCCGCUAG